UCCCCAUGCAGGGCGCCAGGCCAGGGCAAUGUUCCGCACCGCAGUGAUGAUGGCGGCCAGCCUGGCGCUGACAGGGGCCGUGGUGGCUCAUGCCUACUACCUCAAGCACCAGUUCUACCCCACGGUGGUGUACUUGACCAAGUCCAGCCCCAGCAUGGCAGUCCUGUACAUCCAGGCCUUUGUCCUUGUCUUUCUCUUGGGCAAGGUGAUGGGCAAGGUUUUCUUUGGGCAGCUGAGGGCAGCAGAGAUGGAGCACCUUCUGGAACGUUCCUGGUAUGCUGUCACUGAGACUUGUCUGGCCUUCACCGUCUUUCGGGACGACUUCAGCCCCCGCUUUGUUGCGCUCUUUACUCUCCUUCUUUUCCUCAAGUGUUUUCACUGGCUGGCUGAGGACCGUGUGGACUUUAUGGAACGCAGCCCCAAUAUCUCCUGGCUUUUUCACUGCCGCAUUGUCUCCCUUAUGUUCCUCCUGGGUAUUCUGGAUUUCCUCUUCGUCAGCCAUGCCUAUCACAGCAUCCUGACCCGUGGGGCCUCUGUGCAGCUGGUGUUUGGCUUUGAGUAUGCCAUCCUGAUGACCAUGGUGCUCACCAUCUUCAUCAAGUAUGUGCUGCACUCCGUGGACCUCCAGAGCGAGAACCCGUGGGACAAUAAGGCCGUGUACAUGCUCUAUACGGAGCUGUUUACAGGCUUCAUCAAGGUUCUGUUAUACAUGGCUUUCAUGACCAUCAUGAUCAAGGUGCACACCUUCCCUCUCUUUGCCAUCCGUCCUAUGUACCUGGCCAUGAGGCAGUUCAAGAAAGCUGUGACAGACGCCAUCAUGUCUCGCCGAGCCAUCCGCAACAUGAACACACUUUAUCCAGAUGCCACCCCAGAGGAACUCCAGGCCAUGGAUAAUGUCUGCAUUAUCUGCCGAGAAGAGAUGGUGACUGGUGCCAAGAGACUGCCCUGCAACCACAUUUUCCACACCAGCUGCCUGCGCUCCUGGUUCCAGCGGCAGCAGACGUGCCCCACCUGCCGAAUGGAUGUCCUUCGGGCAUCGCUGCCAACACAGUCGCCACCACCCCCUGAACCUGCCGAUCAGGGUCCACCAGCUGCCCCCCAUCCCCCACCUCUCCUGCCCCAGCCCCCCAAUUUACCCCAGGGCCUCCUGCCGCCCUUUCCUCCAGGCAUGUUUCCGCUGUGGCCUCCUAUGGGCCCCUUUCCACCUGUCCCACCUCCCCCCAGCCCAGGAGAGGCUGCGGCCCCUCCAUCCACCAGCACAGCCCUUUCUCGGCCCAGUGGCGCAGCCAGUACCACAGCUGCUGCUCCUCCCUCUGCCCCGGCACCUGGCCCCAGCCCUGCCCCCGAGGCUAGCCCUGCCCCAGGCUUCCCCUUCCCACCCCCCUGGAUGGGCAUGCCACUGCCUCCACCCUUUGCCUUUCCCCCUAUGCCUGUGCCCCCUGCGGGCUUUGCUGGGCUGACCCCAGAGGAGCUGCGGGCUCUGGAAGGCCAUGAGCGGCAGCACCUAGAGGCUCGGCUGCAGAGUCUGCGCAACAUCCACACGCUGCUGGAUGCCGCCAUGCUGCAGAUCAACCAGUACCUCACCGUGCUCGCCUCCUUGGGGUGCGUCUGCACAAGGGUCUGGGGGGGGGUGGCAGGGGGCAGAGGCUUGCCAACAGAAUGCCCCCGGCAGUGGUCCUUGGCCUUCUCUGCCACCUGUGACACCUGUUGAUUCAGGCCUCCUAUCUGUAGGUACAUCCAGGUCCCAGGGUCCUCGGUGCCUCUAUUCUUCCACUGCAAAAGGCCUCUCUAGGUCUAAGCAGGAGUGUUUAUUAGAGCUGACCUUCAGUCUCGUUCCUUUAUAUUUUUCGAAAGUCAAACUACUUAUAAUUCUCAGUGCUUUAAUUAUAUACA